AUGUACCCGAACGCAAUGAUGUACAACCCUGCGCUGAGCGGCAUGAACCCCUACACAGCGGCCUUCAUGGCGAGCAUGGCCGAGGGCGCAGACCCGGCCAAGGCCACCCUGACCAGCACAACGGCUGAGGCAAAGGACGAUGCCGCUGCGGCAGCGGCGGCCCCUGCAGGGCCCGGCGAGGGCGGCUCUGCCGAGGAGGGCUCCAGGAAGCGCGAGGCCGACGCCUCCGAGGCCGCCGACGCGCCGUCCAAGCGGGCCGCGCUCGCGCCAGGGCAGGCCGGGGACAGCGCCGCUGCGCUCCCCCCCGGGGUCAAGACCGGGUCCCAGGCCGCCCUGUCCCUCCUGGCGUCGGCGGCGGCCACAGGUAAACCGGGGUCAAAGGUCCCCGGCUUGGCUGCCCUCCCCGGCCUGGCCGGCCUGAACAUGCCGCCCAUGCCCCCGGGGGCCAUGGGCCUCGUCCCUGGCGCGGCCGCCGGCGCCGCGGUCGCCGCCACGAGUCCCGGCGCACAGCACCUGGCGGAGGUGUGGAACGCGCUGAACGGGCAAUUCUCGCAAUCCCCCACGCUGCCGGAGCUGAAGCGCGCGGGGUCGGCGGAGGCGCUGGAGGCGGAGCUGGCCGCGGCCGCCGGCGACGAGCGCGAGCUCAAGCGCCUGCGCCGCAAGCAGAGCAACCGCGACUCGGCGCGGCGCAGCCGUCUGCGCAAGCAGGCCGAGUGCGAGGAGCUGGGCAAGCGGGUGAAGGACCUGAUCGCGGAGAACGGGGAGCUGCGCGCCGAGCGUAUCGCGCUCCGCGCCCAGAUCGAGGUCCUGGACGCCAAGCUGGCCAUGUCGAGCGCCUUCAACCUGGCGCUGGGCGCGGGGGAGCUGGAGAAGAUUCAGGCCGAUGCCCGGGCGAAGCAGGCAGCCGAGGCGACCAACGUGGCGGCCGCUAUUGCGCACGUGAACGCGCUGACGGCAAACAGCAACGCGGCCGACCAGGAGGACGAGGAGGGCGAGGAUCGGGGGCGGGGCGGCCCUCCCUCCGUGCCUACCCCAGCCAGCGGGCCCCAGCUCCCACCGGCGGCGGCGGCGUCAGGCGCGCAGGCCCAAGGGCACGCUGCAGCGGCUGGGGCGCUGGGCCCCCAGAGCACCUCGGCCUAG